AUGGCGAACGGCGCCCGCGAAGUGGUCGCCGCGGCGUCGACGAGCGAGACGCGAACGAAGACGCUCGAUCCGUUCGUCGGUCAGCUGUGCGCGAGCGCGUUCAGCGCCUCGUUCGCGGAGUUUUGUACCAUUCCUCUGGACACGGCGAAAGUGCGCAUGCAGUUGGCGUCGAACGCGACGGGCGCGGUGGAUGGACGGUACGCGUCGAUGGCGUCGACGAUGCGAACGGUCGUCGCCGAGGAGGGCGCGGCGGCGCUGUGGAAGGGGAUAGCGCCGGGGAUACAUCGCCAAGUCUUGUUCGGCGGCUUGCGCAUCGGCAUGUACGAACCCGUCAAGGCGUUUUACGCGGAGAAGAUGGGGACGGCGAGCGAGGGCGCGGACGCACCGCUCGCGCUGAAGAUCGCGGCGGGGCUCACGACGGGGGCGAUUGGGAUCACGAUCGCGUCGCCGACGGAUUUGGUCAAGGUGCGGAUGCAGGCGGAGGGACGACUCCCGGAGGGGACGCCGAAGCGAUACCCAUCCGCGGUCGGGGCGUACGGAACCAUCGUUCGUCAGGAAGGUGUCGCCGCGCUCUGGACCGGGCUCACGCCGAAUAUCAUGCGUAACUCCAUCAUCAACGCCGCCGAGUUGGCAUCGUACGAUCAGUUUAAGCAAACGUUCGUGGGCAUGGGGGCCAAGGCGGACGAAGUAUCGACGCACAUUGCGUCCGCAAUCGGCGCCGGGUUCGUCGCCACGUGCGUUGGAAGCCCGGUCGAUGUCGUCAAGUCGCGAGUCAUGGGUGAUUCGGUGGGGAAAUAUAAGGGAUUUAUCGAUUGCGUCACCAAGACGCUCACCCACGAGGGGCCGAUGGCGUUUUAUGGAGGCUUCCUUCCGAACUUCGCCCGUCUCGGUGGCUGGAACGUGUGCAUGUUCCUCACCCUCGAGCAAGUUCGUAGAUUGAUGCGCGAGAACGACAUUAUGUGA